UGAACGACUCUCGACCGCGAAGAUGGCGGACCUGGAGGCCGUGCUGGCCGACGUCAGCUACUUGAUGGCGAUGGAGAAGAGCAAGUCGACCCCCGCCGCCAGAGCCAGCAAGAAGAUCAUCCUGCCAGAGCCUAGCAUCCGCAGCGUGAUGCAGAAAUAUCUGGAGGAGCGCGACGAGCUCGCCUUCGACAAGAUCUUCAACCAGAAGAUCGGCUUCCUGCUCUUCAAGGACUUUUGUCUGAACGAAAUCGACGAGGCCGUCCCGCAGCUCAAGUUCUACGAAGAUAUCAAAGACUACGAGAAGCUGGACUCCGAGGAGGAAAGACUCAGUCGCAGUCGGCAGAUCUACGACGGAUACAUCAUGAAGGAACUGCUGUCGUGUUCGCAUCCUUUCUCCAAAAAAGCUGUGGACCACGUCCAGAGUCAUCUGGCCAAGAAGCAGGUGCCCCCCACACUCUUCCAGCCGUACAUCAUGGAGAUCUGUGACAGCUUGCGAGGGAAAAUCUUCCUCAAGUUCAUUGAGAGCGACAAGUUUACGAGAUUUUGCCAGUGGAAGAAUGUGGAGCUCAACAUACACCUGACCAUGAACGACUUCAGCGUCCACCGCAUCAUCGGCCGCGGCGGCUUCGGCGAAGUUUACGGAUGCAGGAAGGCCGACACGGGAAAGAUGUACGCCAUGAAGUGUCUGGACAAGAAGCGCAUCAAGAUGAAGCAGGGCGAGACGUUGGCGCUCAACGAGCGGAUCAUGCUGUCGCUCGUCAGCACGGGGGACUGCCCGUUCAUCGUGUGCAUGACGUACGCCUUCCACACGCCCGACAAGCUCUGCUUCAUCCUGGACCUCAUGAACGGCGGCGACCUUCACUACCACCUGUCGCAGCACGGCGUGUUCAGCGAGAAGGAAAUGCGCUUCUACGCCGCCGAGAUCAUCCUGGGCCUGGAGCACAUGCACAACCGCUUCGUGGUCUACAGAGACCUCAAACCUGCCAAUAUCCUGCUGGACGAACACGGCCACGUUCGAAUCUCCGACCUCGGCCUCGCCUGCGACUUCUCCAAGAAGAAACCUCACGCCAGCGUGGGCACCCACGGCUACAUGGCCCCUGAGGUCCUCCAGAAAGGGACGGCGUACGACAGCAGCGCCGACUGGUUCUCGCUCGGCUGCAUGCUCUUCAAGCUCCUACGAGGGCACAGCCCGUUCCGGCAGCACAAGACCAAAGACAAACACGAGAUUGACAGGAUGACGCUUACUAUGAAUGUGGAACUUCCCGACUCGUUCACGGCCGAACUCAAAGAACUUCUGGAAGGUCUCCUGCAGCGCGACGUCGCCAAGAGGCUGGGAUGCCAGGGCCGGGGGGCGUCCGAGGUCAAGGACCAUCCCUUCUUCAAGGGCAUCGACUGGCAGCAGGUCUACCUGCAGAAGUACUCGCCGCCAUUGAUCCCGCCCCGAGGGGAAGUCAACGCCGCCGACGCGUUCGACAUCGGCUCCUUCGACGAGGAGGACACCAAGGGCAUCAAGCUCCUGGACAGCGACCAGGAACUGUACAAGAACUUCCCACUGGUGAUUUCCGAGCGUUGGCAACAGGAAGUUGCCGAGACCGUCUACGACGCCGUCAACUCGGACACAGACAAGAACGAGGCCCGCAAGAGGGCCAAGAACAAACAGCUCGGACACGAGGAAGACUACGCGCUGGGCAAGGAUUGCAUCAUGCACGGCUACAUGCUGAAGUUGGGGAACCCGUUCCUCACGCAGUGGCAGCGGCGCUACUUCUAUCUCUUCCCCAACCGGGUCGAGUGGCGGGGAGAGGGAGAGUCACGGGAAACAUGGCUGGUGAAACACUUGACGCAGCUCAAAGACUCGCAAAACCUUCUGACGAUGGAGCAAAUCGUUUCUGUGGAGGAGACGCAGAUUAAAGACAAAAAGUGCAUCCUGCUGCGUAUCAAAGGAGGGAAACAAUUUGUGCUGCAGUGCGAGAGCGAUCCCGAGUUGGUGCAGUGGAAGAAGGAGCUGACCGAGGCAUUCACCGAAGCUCAGAAAUUGCUGCGUCGUGCUCCCAAGGUCAUCGGCAAGAGUCGCACCGGCGGCGUGGUGGAGCUCUCCAAACCCCCCCUCACGCACCGCAACAGCAACGGCCUGUGAAUGCGCACGCACGCACGCACAAUACAUGCUAUACACACACACGCACACAUGCGCACUCUCACACACGCGUUACGACCAAUUGUAGUUUUCCCGCCAUGGGACUUUGCCAGAUGUGGAGCAGAAGCAGCAUGUGAAGAACUUUGCAUGAACCCCCCCACCCAGGACCCCUCAACACACCCCCGCCCCCCACUCUAGCAAGGACCCCAGGGGCACGCCCCCCCCCCCCCAAGUAUUAUGAAGUGCGUCAAGUGCCAACAUGGCCUCUUACUGGAGGGGGCGGGCUGAACAUUCCACUGCGGCAAACAGGAAGUGAACACAACACAAACUCGUCUCUGAUUGGCUGCCGCUCACCCAGUCGGUAAAGACUCUGCGAUUCCGCUGCACUAUGUUGCUAUGGUAACUACACACACUGGUUGGGGGGCGUCAGGGGAGUCUUGUAUAUAUUUGUGUUCAGUGUUUGCAACAGCAUCUGUAUGGGUAGAGGGAGGGAGGGGCGGGGCUAAGACAGGAAGUAGUUAUUUGUCACCAUGGCGACGCUGCAUUCUCACAGGAAACAGGAAGUGAGCUCUGAAAGGAGGCAGAGUCAAUCAACAUUAGCCCUGUUAGCAUCUUAGUUGGUGCUAGAAACACCCAAAUGAGUUUUUGGUGCAGAGUGCAGAACAGGGACACGCUCUAGAAUGUUCUAGAAUGAAGUUCGAAACAAACUACAGUGUAGCAUGCUGGACAGUGUUUUCUACAACAUGCUAAAACUAAUUUUCCAGAAUGUACCUCAACAUUCUAGAAGGAUCUCGUGGGUUCUGCAAUAUAAGAGAGCAUUCUGGUGAUUGCUAAUGAACAAUCUGUAUUAUUCGGCAUUUUCAAGCGUUCUAGAAUGUUCUAUAACAGUAUAAACAAAUUCAAAUUGUUCUCGAAUAUGCUCCAAAAAUAAUUUUUUAAAACCUAGCUGGAUCCAGAGGGUUCUGCAACAUUAUGGAGCGUUCUGGUCUUUGACAAUGAAUGUUCUACAAGGUUCUGCAUCACUAUAGUUAUCUACAACUAUUUUUGAGCGUUCUAGUGUUUGACAAUAAAUGUUUCCAACAUAGUAGAAUGUUCUACAACAUUAUAGAGCAAUCUACAUUCCAAAACAUCCCAGCAUGAUGUACUAUAUUGUAGAAUGUUCCAAAAUAAAUGUAUGACUACAUUUUAAAAUAUUUUAAAAACUGAACUAUAAUGCCUGGAAUGGUAAAAAAAUGAUUGUUCUACAACUUUGUACAACAGUCAAGAAAGAGCUACAACGUACUAGGAGCGUUUACAACAUAAAACAUUCUAGCAUAUAAUGCAAUGUUCUAGAAUAUUUCAAUCUUAAUGUUUCAUCUACAGUACUUUGUAGAAUGUUCUAGAAAGUUCUAAACACAACUGUAAUGCCUGGAAUAAAUGUUCUACAAUUUUUUAGAACAAUUUAGAAGGUUCUGAAAUAUACUUAGUCUACAACAUAAACCAUUAUUCUAGAAGGGUCUACGACAUUCUAGGAAUUCCAAAAUGAAUGUUGUAGGAUGACAACAAUGUUCUAUAACAUUCUAGGAUCUAGAGAGUUCUGCAAUGUUAUAGUGUUUUAGUGUUACACCAUGAACGUUCUACAGUGUUGUACCGCAUUCUAGAGGGUUGUAUGUUGUAUAUCUAUAUACUUCAUUCAAAAUCAUUCUUGAAUGUUCUAGAGCGUUCCGUCGUGAAAGAGCAUGGCGGCGCUAGCAAUGGUGACGCCGAAAGGAGCCCUGUGACUGAGCCGUCGAGUGCGGCGGAGGAGUGAGCGUGGUUCGCCCGAUUAGCAUCGUUAGCGCCGGUUGGCUUGCUGGUUUGUUUUGUUUGUGACGGCGGGUGGGCACCGUCGCACCUCUCGCGGUGUCUUUUUCAUUUUUUUUAGGCUUUUCAUUUUGUGUCGUUCGUCCGUGCAUCUUUUUUAGCGCCAUGUGCUAACUCGCUACAUGCUAGUGUCAAUGUGCCAAACGAAGGGGGCGGAGCCAGCGGGAAGCCUUACACGUCCCGUCGCGCCGACAAGAUGGUGGCCGGUCGCCGUUUCUCCCAAGGGAACAAAAACUGACCAAUCGCGUGACCGCCGCCACUCCCCACUUCCUGUUCAUGCUGUUUGGACGCUACCGGAGCACAGUGACAAAAUAAAAGUAUAAAUAAAUGAAAUAAAGAAAUAUAUGUGUAUAAGAAAGCUUUACGUUUAUUUAAAAGAUUUAAUGUAGAAAAAAAUUCAAGAACAUUUGGGGGAUUUUAUUGUGAUUUUCUUUCAGGUGUUUGUGGUGAACAAUCUUGCACAUAAAGACUUUCAAAACAAAA